CGGGUUACGUGUGCGCGGAUGCUGUCAAUUCAAACUCCGUUCGGACAACCAGUGACCAAGAUUGCGGGGCUAUUAUUUCAUUCAGCUCAUCCGCAGACAGCACAUUUUCGGAGAUGCGUGAGGUUUUCGAAAGUUGUGGUGACAGGUAUAAAGGGCAGGGGAGGCCCGCUUCGGUUCGUCUGAAGAUAGUCCCCGUCAACUGGCGAACUCGCUCACCCCUUCCGAUCUUUGACCCACACUAUGCCAUCCCGUGUAGGCGGCUUGGGCUGCGUCCUCUGCUGCAAAACCUUCCCCUCCCAGCGCGCCCGUCAGCAGCACAACCAAGAUUCUCCAGCCCAUUCCAUCUUCCGGUGCCCGAUCUGCAACCAGCAAUUUCUAGACUCCACCGCCUUCAUCCAACACUGCAGCUCCCCCCGCCACAGACCGCUAACACCCUCCCUCCAAUGCCCACGCUGCCACAAAGGUUUUCCGGGCGGUCCAUCAGGCCUGAUCAUGCAUCUCGAAAGCAACGGGUGGUGCGCUAGCCGGAUGGGCGUCGACCGGGAGCGCAUCAGAAAAUUCGUGAUGGCCGCCGACACCCAAAGGAUGAUCACCCACGAGACAAUACUUCUAGCGGUCCACCCGCCCCGCGUUGCGUCUUUGCCGGCGGAGACUGCCGACAACGAAGACGAAAUCAUCGAACUCCACCGCCACAUCUGCCCCAAAUGCCCUUCCACCCGCGGUCAAUUCACCUCCGCCCAGGCGCUGGCCGACCAUCUGAACUCUCCCGUGCACGACGCCCCAAUCUACAAAUGCCCCGAUAAAUCCAUCCGCGCGUCAACGGCUGAACUGGCCCAUCAGCAUCGUUCAAGACGCUCAGUGGGCUUAGCCAGCAUCUCGAGUACGGGUCUUGUAAUGGCGGGGCUGACACAUUUGAAGCGGUGUUGACCGUCGUGACGAGCAAAUUGGCGGGUAUGGGGUUUCAGAUUACUACGGGAGCAUAGUCUUCUUCUUUGUCUGCUAUGUACUCCGCAGCUUGCAUGGUUUACGGGAGGCGUAUGUUGAAAGCCCCGCUUCCUUUUUGCUUUGCAAUACCCAGCAUAGUGCGUCAUUCGUUCUUUCUAAUGGUAGGCAAAAGUCCCUUGAGCUAAAAGUCAGCAUGUACCACAUUAAAAGGAGCUCUUUCAAUGCCGGCUCUUCUCAUG